AUGGCAAAGAAGAAUGAUAGACCCACUAUAAUGUUUAAUAUUAUGUUUUCAGAAAAUGAAAAUGGUGAAGUUGGUGUAUUCACAGUACCAAAAAAUAAUCAUACAUCUGGUGUGACGAUAGACAUAAAGAAACCAGGUCAAUAUUUAAUUAAUCACCAUGAUAACACAGAUGAUGUAACAACAAACCAAAAUAUAAUAAGUAACAUUAGUGAUACAGAAAAUGUAAUUACAGAUCAAUCAACACAAACUAAAAGUGAAGACUUUGAUUCAAACCUUUCAAGGUCAACAAAUUAUCAAGAACAUCAAGGUCAAAGUGUUUUGAUCACCAGUACAAGUGAAUGUUCAAUAUCUACUGAGGAUAGAGGACAGAGCAAUGAUAUCAAUCAGGAAAAUAAACUUAUUACAGUUCAGGAUCACCAUCCUAUGUCAGAUACAUCUACAGAUUUGGAUUUUCCCAGUAUUUCUAGAGGACAAAAGAAAAUAUAUGAACCAAUUUACCAUUUAGCCCCACUUGUGAAAGAAUCAGUGGUGUUGUCAAAUCUAGUCAUGCUUGGUGUCAGCCUGGCAGAGAUUGAGAAACAAGGUGCUGCAGAUAUGCUGGUUCAACUGAACUAUGAAAACGAUGUGCAGCCAUUGUUACUUUUCUUAAAAGAGAUAGGUGUGGCUGAUGCUGACCUUUGUAGGGUCAUUACGAAAAAUCCUUUCUUGUUUAAAGCGGAAAUAACAGACUUAAAGGUUAGAAUAAAUUACCUUCGUUCAAAGAGAUUUUCUAAAGUCAAUAUCGCCUCAAUAGUUACAAGAAAUUCAAAGGCUUUAUCCCUGACCGUAGAACAGCUGGAUGGACAGUUAGGAUACUAUCAAAAACAGUUUAAACUUUCAGGUAGUGAGGUGCGACAGUCAAUGACUAAGUGUCCUAAGUUGAUUACACAAAAAAGAUUUAGAGUACAGGCAAUCAAGGAGGACUUAUUAGAUAUACUUGGUUUCACUCAGAGCGAGGUCAAGAAGAUGUUUAUGUUAAGUCCUAAUAUACUGCUUACACAUAUAAAACAACUUAGUGCUAAUUUUGACUAUUUACACAACGUAAUGGGACUAUCACACAAGGACGUUCUUAUGUGGCCACAGAUCUUCCAAACCAUUACGGACAGAUUAAAACGUAGGCAUCAGUUCUUAGCUAGCUUGGGAAGAGAUCAGUACGAUCCUAAAAAGGAGAAUUUUGUCUCCUUACAUGAUCUUGUUUCUGGUACAGAUAAUUAUUUCAGUGAAAAUGUAGCAAAAUCGACAAUAGAGUUACAUGAUGAUUUUAUUAAAACAUUAUGAAAUGUU